AUGGGAGAUGAAGGAGCUCGUUGGCAGCGUAUUGUGUAUGAGAAGAACAAGAAAUUCUGCAAAGCCAGCAGAAAGCAAGGCCACAGCGAGGAAGAUUGCCAAAUAAGGAAACCUCAGGAAAAUUUGGAAAACAGAGAUUUAAUUACUAAAGAAGCCAAGGAAAUGUAUGAGGAGGACACAAUGAGAGUGACGGAGACUGGUGACCAAUCCGAGAAAGAUAAUAGCUCUUUUCCUCAGGCUGAUACUAGAAGCCCAACUGAUCCAACGGAGGAAAUUAGGGAAGCAAAUAAGGAAACUUUGGAUAUCACAAAGGAGGAAAUUCAAGACACAAGAAAGGAAACUUUGGAGAAGACAAUGGAGGAUGUUCGGGAGACAAGUCAGGAAGCUCUGGAGACUGCAAUAAUGGCGAAUCCCAAUGAGAAAAUGAAUAUGCAGAAUUCUGCGUUAUCAUUUCUGGCGGAACGUGAUUAUAGUUGUGCUGAAAAUAUGGGUCUCACUCAGGACGAUGAAAGGGACCUGAUUUGCGCUAAGUUACCUCCUGAUAAAGGCUUUUAA